AUCUUGACCCCUGAAGCAUCUACAGAUCAGAGAGAAAAAUGGAUCAGACCACUAAGAAGAUUGAGAAAAUGGAACAAACUAUGAAGAAGAAAGAGGAACUGAAAAAUGUUGCAUUAGGCACAUCUAAGACUAAUUAUCUUGAUCCUAGGAUUUCAGUUGCUUGGUGUAAGCGCCAUGAAGUUCCAAUUGAGAAAAUAUACCAACGGACACUUCUGGCGAAGUUUGCUUGGGCAAUGGAUGUUGACCCUGGAUUUAGAUUUUAACCUUCUGGAUUUCGGUAACAAUUGUCGAGUCUAUAUUCUUGCAACAUUUGCUUAUUCUCUGGCUUCUGUUAACUGGAAAUUGAAUGAGGUUAAUG